AAAAUACAAAUAAACGAUGGUCUCAGCCAAACCCUCGCCAAAAAAAGUUUGCGUGAUCGGCGCGGGGCCAGCCGGGCUUGUCGCGGCCCGGGAGCUCCGCAAGGAGGGCCAAGCCGUCGUCGUGCUCGAGCAGAGCCACGACGUCGGCGGGCAAUGGCUCUACGACGCUGACGUGCAAGACGAGGACCCGAUGCCGAGUCCUGGCACAUUUUUGAAGGUCCAUAGCAGCAUUUACGCGUCGUUACGGUUGGCGUCGCCGAGGGAGAUCAUGGGGUUCACCGAUUUCCCAUUUUCGACAACGGGAGGCCACGACGGGCGGCGGUUCCCGGGCCACCGGGAAGUUUUGUUGUACUUGCAAGACUUUUGCGACCGGUUCGGGUUGAGGGAAAUGAUCCGGUUCAACACGAGGGUCGAGAAUGUCGAGAUGCUCGAUUAUCCGACGGCGGCGGCGGUUGAGAAGGAGGUGAAGUGGGUGGUGAGGAGUAAGGUGGAGAAGGCCGUCGAGGAAGUUUACGAUGCGGUGGUCAUCGCCACCGGACAUUAUUCUCAUCCGAGGUUGCCUAAGAUCAAAGGAAUGGAAACAUGGAAAAGAAAGCAAAUGCACAGCCACAUUUACAGGACUCCUCAACCCUUCAAGAAUGAGGUAGUUGUGGUCGUCGGGAGCUCGUUAAGCGGGCAAGACAUAUCGAUGGAGCUUGUUGACGUUGCGCGCGAGGUUCACCUUAGCGCCAAGUCCCCAAACAUCUCGCCGGGCCUAUUAAAAGUCAUAUCUAAACACGAAAAUCUCCAACUCCAUCCGCAGAUAGAGUCGCUAAACAUAGAUGGAAAGGUUUUGUUCGAUGAUGGCGUGUCCGUCGUUGCUGACACCAUAAUAUACUGCACGGGGUACUCUUAUUCGUUUCCAUUUCUUGACACCAAAGGAUUAGUCGUAGUAGACGAUGAUAGAGUCGGACCUCUUUACGAGCACACGUUUCCUCCGGCGCUCGCUCCUUCCCUUUCCUUUAUUGGCAUUCCUAGACAGAUCAUAGGGUUCCCUUUCUUCGAAUCCCAAGCAAAGUGGAUUGCGGAGCUCUUGUCGGGGAAAAGAAGGCUUCCAUCACAAGACGAGAUGAUGCAAUCGAUUAAGGAGUUUUAUCACUCGAGGGAAGUCGCCGGCAUUCCUAAGCACAAUACACAUGUUAUUGCAAGCUUUGAGUACUGCGACAAAUAUGCAGACUACGUCGAUUUCCCACACGCCGAGGAAUGGAGGAAAUUGCUUUGCCUGUCAUCUUUAAGAAAUGCAGAAGUUAAUCUCGAGAGUUAUCGUGAUUCCUAUGAAGAAGAUGAAGAAAUGCUUCGAGUCGCACAUAACAGCCCACAUUUCACUCAGUUUAAACAUCAAGAUUCUACCGUAUCGAAUACAUAGGUUGCACGAAGAUCAUAUAAAAGUAGUUUUCGAUAGUAACAAUGAAUGCGUAUUUACGGAAAAAAAACAAAGUGCACUGCACUUCUCAUACAAUGCCAAAAUGAAUGAAAGAGAUCGGUCGAACAGCCGCAAUUUUGCUAUUUAUUUUGUCAAUGUAUGAGCAAAUAAAUACAUAUAUACAUACAUAAAUACAUUUAUAUAUAUGAGGUUAGAAUCGCGUGAUGAAUUUAUUUCAUAAUUAUGCUGUUGAGUACCAAAAAAAUUUAUCUGAAAUGGCGAAAUCCG